AUGGCACCGAAACCAUCACCAAAGCCCUCCAAAACAUCGAAGCCAAAAAUAAUAAAUGAUGAACAAUUACAAUCAUUUACUCAAGAGAACUUUGAAAAGGAACUUAAGGCUUUAGCUUUAAAAGCUCAAGAAGAGACUACAACCAGAUUUCUCUUAUCUCAACUUUGGAUCUUGGCUAAAUCAGCUACCCUCCUCUCACUCGCUGCCAUAUAUUCAAAUGUUUCUCAACUCGCUCUCUCUCCAGUUUAUGGAUCAUAUCCAGCUGGAAAAUGGCAUUCGAAAGGAGUCAUGACAGCUUGCUUCUUAGGCUGGUCAUCAAAUCUAUUCAUCAGACGUUAUCUUCCAGUCAGGAAACCAGUUCAACUUCUUCCCUUUAUCGCGGCCUAUAUUCCAAUGACCCAGUAUUUACUUUUCAAUCUAAGCGGUCUCAUGGGAGCUAAUUUUGGACCUCCUAUUACCGAAGGGUUCACAUUUCUACCUUUACUCAUCCUUUCCGCCUCGUGUACGGCCACUACAUUGGACGAUUUGGAACUCACAUCUGGUCGAUGGCCUUGGAUUUCCGAUGCAGCACCAGGUAUGAUCUCAUAUGCUUUCUUCAAAACUGUUGAAUAUGUAUCUGCAAAUCAAAUUUCUCGAUACAUAGGCCAAUCCUUCAUCUUCACACGUCUUGGAAUGGAAAUUGUUCUCCAAGCUUUGUAUGCCGCCUUCGCGCCUUCGAAACUCCUUCUUUGGAUAUUCCCAGCGGUAAUUCAUACUGCAUUAUUUAAUUCACAUGUUCCCACGCCAUAUGCUUUAAAUAAACUCAAUACUACCAUGAAUUCUCAUGAAUGGUCGAUCCUUGAUCGAAAAGAAUCUUUAACCGGAUAUAUUUCUGUUAUUGAAAGUUCGUCGAUAGGUGGUGGGUUCCGUGCUAUGCGCUGUGAUCAUAGUCUGUUAGGAGGAGAAUGGUUGGUUAAUGGGAAGAAAGCUAAAGGAAUUCCUGAACCCAUUUAUGGAAUCUUUGUAAUGCUAGAGGCAGUACGUCUGGUUGAAGUGGAGAAGCCGAUUAAGGACGAGGAUGCUAGUGCAUUGAUCAUCGGUCUCGGUGUUGGUACGACACCAGCUGCUCUGAUAUCUCAUGGAAUCCAUACUACUUUGGUAGAGAUUGAUCCUGUUGUGGUAGAUUUUGCUCGUGAAUAUUUCGCUCUUCCUGAGCCUCAAGAAACUAUCAUUGAUGAUGCGGUAUCUGUUGCAUCAAAUUUCGCUGCUCAAGGGAAAAAGUUCAAUUACAUCGUUCACGAUGUAUUUACAGGUGGAGCUGAACCUGUUGAACUAUUCACAUAUGAGUUUUUGAAGGAUCUUUAUGAUAUCCUAGAACCGGGCGGUGUUAUCGCUAUUAACUACGCUGGAGACUUCGUUCUCCCUCCUUUCCUAAUCAUCCAUAGCACAAUCCGCUCGCUAUUCCCUACUUGCCGCAUCUACCGCGAAGCCGAAGCCCCAACAGAUGAACACAUUGCGGAAACAGGACAAGAUUUCACAAAUAUGGUAAUCUUCUGCACCAAACCUCUUUCCGAAACACAUGAAAUCAGAGACUCAGAAUCUUCUGUGAAAUCAUCAAUCACAUUCCGAGAACCAGUAGAAAAAGAUUUCUUAGGAUGUAACUCGAGAAGAGCAUACCUAUCACCGAAGUGGGAAAUAAGUGAAGCUGAAUUGAGAAGAGGACAAGAAAAGGGAGAGGAAGAAUUCUCGGGAGUUUUGAGGAGGAAUGAGACGGGAAGGUUAAUGGAGUGGCAGGUUAAGAGUGCGGUGGGUCAUUGGGGAGUUAUGAGGGGGGUUUUGCCGGGCGGUGUUUGGAUUGAUUGGUAA